UCCGUACAUAAAACUAAUAUCAUCUAUAAAUUAUCCAUAUUGUUCAUGGUAGAUACAAAACAAAGUCAUGUUUACAUUUUUGGGUGCGGGUGGAGGGGAAAGUCGGUUGAAUUUUGACAAAAUCCACUCCCAACCUAUUAAUUUCGAAAACGGAUAAGACUCACACCCGACUCAAAAAUAUAAACACUGAGUUGGAUCGAAUUGAAUACCGGUGAAUUCGAGUUGAAUUGAGAUUUCUAAUUGUCAUUGAGUGCUCCAGAGUCAAAAUAGUGACAAAGAAACAAAUAAUACAAAUCUAAGAAGUAAGAAUUUAAUUAUUCUGUUGCAAAAAGAUAUCCAUAUCACAUUGAGGUCUGAGGAGAAGUAAGGUAACUCCAGAAUACAGAAGUCUCACUGUUAAAAGGACCAGCCCAACCCCUUGAGUGCAUGAAGUAUCAAAUUAGGCUUCGCUCAAACGGACCCGAUUGGGCCGGGCCGCUUCAAUCGGCUCGACAAGUUGAAGCCUAGCCCACGUAAUGAAGAAGUAAAAUUACAGUCGAGUGUUGACUAUGGACUGCUGCCCUUUGACUAGAAACCAAGUUCGAAUUUCCGUUAUCCAGACAUUUCUGGCUGCAAAACUUUCGAUACACUCCGCUUCCUUCCAUUCCGAUCGCCAUCAUGGCCGCCGCCGACGACGUUACCUCGGCUCCUCCGUCCAACCGCAUAGACGUGUUCUGGCACGAAGGAAUGCUGAAACACGACGCCGGCACCGGCGUCUUUGACACCGCCGACGACCCAGGCUUCCUCGACGUCUUGGAAAAGCACCCGGAGAACGCCGACAGGAUCAAGAACAUGGUCUCGAUCCUCAAGCGAGGCCCAAUCGCUCCUUACAUCUCAUGGCACCUUGGCAGAGCUGCUCAAUUGGAGGAACUCCUCUGCUUCCAUACCAGAGAAUAUAUAAAUCAAUUGAUCAAAGCAGAUAAAGAAGGGGGUAAGCAGAUGAUCUGCGCUGGGACAUUCUUGAACCCUGGCUCGUGGGAAGCUGCUCUCCUCGCAGCUGGUACCACACUAUCAGCGAUGAAGCAUAUUCUCGAUGGAAAUGGGAAAGUGGCGUAUGCACUGGUUAGGCCGCCGGGGCAUCAUGCUCAAACCACUCAAGCAGAUGGAUAUUGUUUCCUUAACAAUGCUGGUAUCGCUGUUCAGACAGCAUUGGACUCGGGGUUUGGAAGUGUUGCAGUUAUCGACAUCGAUGUUCAUUAUGGCAAUGGUACUGCGGAGGGGUUCUACUGGACUAAUGAAGUGCUUACUAUUUCAUUGCAUAUGGAUCAUGGCUCGUGGGGGCCGUCUCAUCCGCAGAGUGGAUGUGUUGAUGAGGUGGGAGAUGAGGAGGGACAUGGGUAUACCAUGAACAUUCCUCUGCCGAAUGGAACAGGUGACAAGGGGUAUCUGCAUGCUAUGACCGAGCUGGUUGCUCCUGCCGUUAGCCAGUUUGAACCCGACUUGUUGGUUUUCGUGAUUGGCCAAGAUUCAAGUGCUUUUGACACCAAUGGAAGGCUAUGCUUGACAAUGGAUGGAUAUCGAGAGAUUGGACGGAUUGUUCAUGGUUUGGCGAAUGCACAUUGUGGUGGGCGUCUGCUUAUUGUUCAAGAAGGUGGAUAUCACGUCACCUAUUCGGCUUAUUGUCUCCAUGCAACUCUGGAAGGGGUGCUCGACCUUCCAGAACCACUUUUAUCUGAUCCCAUUGCGUACUACCCUGAGGAUGAAGCAUUUGCUAUGAACGUUGUCAAUUCAAUCAAAAAGUACCAGACAAACGCAACUUUCCCAUUUCUCAAGCAAGGUUGACUAGGAGGUGCGUACUAUCUAUGCUUUUCAUCUCAUGCCGCCUUCUGUGAAAUAUAAUUGUAGCGAAUAAUCUCUAGUGUGUUUCUACUUCCAAAAAAGGUUGCAUGUUGGCCUACUUAGGCAUGGAUCUUUUCAUGAAUUCAGUGAAGCAUAGCUUUACAGUUCAGUACUCCUUUUCUGGUAACCAAAGCGAGCGAGUUUAUAUUUUUAAGAUUGUCUCCUGCAUACAUUCUCCCAAGAUUGGUUUGCUAGGAAACUCUUUUACCAUCUCUAUGCCAUCUGAAAAUUUUCCGAUUGCCGGCCAUCAAUUUCCAUUAUAAUAAAGAUGUGUUAGUUGGUAUAUUCUACUAGGAGGUUUGGUUAAUUAGCACCUCCAGCGGAUGAAAGUGUAAGCUGCUAUAUUAUAUCACGUUAUUCCAGAGAAGCUCAUGCUUCUUUCAGUCCUGCAUUGUGCUCAAGAACAUGAAUAUCAUGCAGUGCACAUGAGCUGGUUUGCCAUUAGUUGGGAAAUGGAUUAGGCAGUUCUCAUCUAUACUUGCCUGCCAUAUUGAUACAUCAGAAUGUGUGUAGGCAGCAUAGUGGAAGGAGGGUUUCUACAUUACUUAUCUGCCCGAAUCUCCAUGUUCUUUCCUCAUUUAAUCUCUUAUCUUAUGUCAGUGUAUGCUGUUUUGUGCAUGUUCCAGGCAACUUGCUCGGUUCUCACCUGAGGAGGGCAAAGUGUUUUUCACCCCAUCAAUGAGGUGAGAGGUUUGGUGCUUUCUCAUCCAGAUCCAACCUUGAUACAUAAAUUCCAAAUGUCUGAGUUGCAGGCUUGUAAGAGAUAUGAUGAUGAGUGAUAGGUAGACGAAAACUGGUCCCCUAGUCAGUAAAAAAAAAAACAGCUCAAGAUAUACAUAGUUAUUAUGGUUUGUGAAAUCAGAAAUGUAUCAUUCUGUCAGUGGGUUGUGAUGAAUGCAAGGGCUCUGCUGCCUUUUUUACAAAGACCUUACAAUUGUUGCAUUAUCAGGUGGAGUGGUUGUGUGGCAUAUGAACCUUAUGAAUGCCCUAUGUACCUGACCACCACGGCAAUCUGUUCAUUUAUUCUCCAUCUUUUGUUGUGGAAAGUAUGAUCGAUGGUAAUGAGAAAAAACUUUCGAGAAUUUUUGGUUCUUCCUUGGUGUAAAUAUUCUUAAUCACUGUCUUUACUGAUUAACUCAUGUUCAUUCUCAUGAGCACUUCUCAUUAUUGUAAUAUUGUUCAAUAAGUCACAAUGGCUUAAAAAUCAAGAAUUGUGUCGGUCCUGGUAUGCAUUACGGUUCUCGAAUCUGAAUUAGUUCGGGUUUUGUCAGUUUGUUUACACGAGUCGAAAUUAAUUUGAUCCUCGUAAAUGAGGUCGGGCAUUGUGUGGAGUACUAUAUGGAUUAGGUGAAUUUUGGUUUCAUAUAUUAAUUUAUUACAACUCGGGUUUAGUUUACGCUAAAAUCACAGGUCAAAUGAAGAUUGCAUUCCAACUUGAACAAGAUUUUAUGAAUAAUUUGAGCUAUGCGUUUUUAUGAUUAAUUUGAGCAAAACUGAAACCGGAUUCCCAGCCCAAAAACAACAAAGCAUCUGUGGGAAACAGAACAAAAACCAGAAACGAAGCUGAAGAUUGUUCUUCAUCCCCCUUUACCUUUUGCCACUUUUCUUUUCUCUGCUCACGAAUAUUUUCCCUUUCCUUUUUUCCUUUGGUGCAGAUGGCGGGUCCUUCACUCUUUUAUGUGUGUCCCUCUGUCAUCAAGUGCCCCUUUUUAACAGUUAUCAGUAGCACAAGAACGUGCUGAUCUCCUUGAAUAGUGGAGGGUCUUUUUCAGUGGAUGGGCAGCAGCAUAUUACUACUGCUAGCAAAAUAGAGAAGUUAGCUCAGCUAAUUGACUUGACCCACUUGUUAGUAUGAUUGCUCUCGACAGCUUUUUUACCCAUUUGAUUAGUUUUACCUGGUCGUUGGUGCUGUCCUCGAGAUGAAGAAGAGGGAUUGCUUCCUUUCUCGUUGAACUUAUGGUGUGUUUUAGUUACAGACAUGAUUGACAAUUAGCAUACUCUCAUCAUUGAUGGGAAAAAAGAGAGAGGAAAGGCUGGUCAGACUCUAAAGCUUAUGGCCUGGAUCAUAAGCAAUGAGUGGUUGUUCAGAACAGAGAAGAACAGCCGAUCACACCAUUGGAAGUCUUGUAUCAUAAGUCUCAUACAAUCUUCAUCUUCUGAACUUUUUUCUAAGCUAGAAUCAUAACCAGAAAGGUGUGGUAUGGUGGUUGACAUUCUCGUCCUAUAAUCAUGAAAUUGAGGAUGGAUUUGAUCCUUGUUCAUGGGAAUAAACCUCACCAUGUGACCAACCAUUUACCGCUUCUCGCGAACACCCGUAACGAAGGGGUGGUCACUGUUGUCGAUGGUGGAGGUCAGAUGUCGUAAUUCUUUUGUUCGUGACAAGACGUGCAUAAAGAAGAGAAGUGUGCAAUCAAUAUUAUCCAAGCAUUACCCGAUUGAACUCUAGUUUCUAGAAUGUCGAUGAAAGUCUAAUCCACGUUCAUAUGACUACCUUCAUAUUGAAAUGCUCGACGUGAUGCCUAUAUGGCAAAAAUAAGUGAUCUGUUAUCGAUUUUGUAUCAGAAAAAUUAAUCUGUAACAUAGUUUAUUGGUCUAUGACCAUAUUGAAUAACAUCAAACAUUUAAAUGAUAAUACAUCAAGAGUUACCCCUAACACAAUUGUCCACCUCUAGGACAGAAAUUGACAUUGAUACUCUUCUCUUGGUAUGAAAGCCAUGGUAUGAACUACCAAUUUCUCGUACCUGCCCUUAUCAAAUGGGGUCAAAAGAUCCUCUCUUUUUCCUCCCCGAAAGAAAUCUGCUGACUGCUGCAGAAGUGAACCAGUCCAGAACAGAAACUCUCCUUUCUAGGAAUUUGGGAAUUGCUGUUUUUGUAUUAGAUCAAUCGAAUGUGGAAUUCUUUCUCCCAAUAACCCAGAACAGAAUUAACACAUUCUACAAUAGAAAAAUCAAACUUCCUCUGUCGGUUCCAGUCCCACAGAAAGAAAGUCCAAAAAGGGUCUCUGUCUGUUGCCCCCUAAUUUGUUUAGUUUUUGCAGCAAAAGAACAAAAUGGGCACUGUUAA